AUGGACCAGGCGGAGAGCGUUCCCCCGAAAGCUCGCAGCGUCGCACGAAGCGUGGCCAGCGAGGAAUCCAAGCCGACAUCGCCGAAGCAUGCGGGACGCGUGCGUGCUCGCAUAACACCACAGCACUUCAGCCCCACGGGAACCAGCUUCCGUGACGUGCACGUGAGCUUCUUGCCUAUGAGCUUCUCCAUCCGAGCUGCUGACUACGAAGGCCAUGUCUGGACAGCUCGGUCGGAGAUGAUGCCAGGGCACCUGGCCGUGGAUCGUUGCAAGUACAAGAUCGACCCAAGUGGCAAGGAUGUGCUCAUUACACUGUGGGCCGCGGACAAGGAUCAGUCUUUCAAGGGCCUGACACAUCUUGAGAUGUUCCGGACAGAGUUUGUGGAGCCAGUCGGCGUCAGCAAGAGCAGAUUCAUCUGA